AUGCCGGCUCUUCUGCCUACUGAGACCCUCAUGGACAUCUUCGAAUGGGCCUCCGCCACGGAUCGCCACACGGCAUUCAACCUCUGCCUUGUAGCAUCCUGGACGAAGCCACUGGCAGAGCGGCAUCUCUACGCGACCAUCAAGACGGAGUACAAGGGCGACGCCAAACUUCUCGAACGGUGGUUGGCCGAAAUGAGGAAGACCAGGAAGGCGCCGCCGGGCGCAGAACACGUCCGGAACCUCUGGAUAGCAUUUCGCUACACGAAGCCCGAUCCAUCGCGGGCGCAUCAGGCACCCGCCGUAAACGGCCUACCGCUCGAGCCCGUGCUCUUCGCUCAGCUCCGACUCGCGUUUCCUCGUCUGCGGUCCCUCGGCUGGGACGAAUGGCGGCGCGAAAACAGCCUUUUCGGGUGGGACCAGCCCAGGCUCACUUUCGAUCGCAUCCGCCGGGCGCUGUCGUCGCUCCCGACGCCUACUCUGACUGAGAGGGACCCGGGUAACGCACCGUACGGGCUGCCGCCACCCGGUGGCAAGCACGUGCAUCUCACCGUCAACGAGGUCCCGGACCUUCAACACGCGGACGAGGAACAUAACGCCGCCUUCGACGAGAUCACGCAUUUGCGUUUCCGACCCGGAGCCCAACUCGAAGGCGACGAGGUCUUGGAGAGCAACUUUUGGUACAUGCUCACGCAGUACCACAACCUGACGCACCUCAGCUUCGGGUACAGAAAGUACGGCGACGGCGAACUCUGGUUCGCCGAACGGGACUCUGCGCCUCUCAAAAACCUGCAGAUGGUGGUGAUCGAGGUGGACAUCUUCUAUCGCUCGAAUUGGGACGGGGCCCUGGAGCUGGUCAGAUACCACCGUGCGCAGCACAAGAACGGCGAACAGAGGGUGUUUACCUGCCCAUCGCUCCUGGACGAAGAUCAAUGGGAGAGCGAGGCUUUCGGAGGCGAGAGCAUUUGGGAGCGCGCACGGGCGUUCACCCAGCGACUCAGAGAUAACAACUGGAAAGUGCCUCGAGAGUUCCGUCACUGGUAG